AUGUCAACAAAUAGAUUAGGACGCAUUGUCAUUGUGGGAGGAGGUCCUGGUGGACUUACACUGGCACGCAUUCUUCAACUCAAAGGUGUUGAAGUCAAACUCUAUGAACGAGAAAGUUCCAUUGAUGCUCGGACUCAAGGAGGAACUUUAGAUUUACAUGCGGAAUCUGGACAAUAUGCUCUUCAAACAGCAGACUUAUUUGACAAGUUUCAAGCGCUCUGUCGUCCAGAAGGACAGGAUACGCGCAUCAUCGACAAGUCUGGCAGGAUACUUUUGGAAGAAGUGUCUAAUGAAAAUAAUUUUGGCCGUCCAGAGAUCGAUCGACAUGAUCUGCGGCAAUUGCUUCUCAAAUCGUUGAAGGCAGGUACCAUUGUACAAGGACAUAGUUUACAAAGUAUCGAAUCCUUGAAGAAUGGUCAACAUAAACUUAUUUUCGACAAUGGCUUAAUAGAGACUGCUGAUUUGGUAGUUGGGGCAGACGGUGCAUGGUCGCGCGUCCGCCCUAUUGUAUCAAGUGCAAAGCCUCAGUACGGUGGUGUGACGAUGGUGGAAGCACAAUUCAGCGAGGUUGAUGACCGACAUCCUGAGAUUACCAAAUUGGUUGGUCGUGGUACCAUGUUUUCUUUGUUCGAUAACAAAGGUCUUAUCGCUCAGCGCAAUGGGCAGAAUCGAAUUCGUGUCUAUAUCACUUUGCGUGUACCGGAGAAUUGGGCGGCUGCAUCGGGUAUUGAUUUCGACCAACCAGAACAAGUUCGUACUCAUCUUCUUCGAUUAUUUGAGGAUUGGGACGAUAGUCUGCUCAACUUCAUUCAUUCUUGCGAUGCUAACUUUAUUCCACGCCCUCUGUAUAUUCUACCCAUAAAUCAUAGGUGGGAAACACAACCAGGCGUCACACUAAUAGGCGAUGCUGCUCAUCUCAUGUCUCCUUUCGCCGGUGAAGGUGUUAAUUUGGCUAUGCUCGAUGCUACAGAGUUGGCUCUUGCCAUCAUCAGUGCAGACGAUUUAAACCAAGCUAUUCACGACUUCGAGCAAAAGAUGUUUUCUCGCGCUGCUAUAGCUGCCGAAGAAUCCUCAAACAAUCUUGACCUAUUUAUUGCACCUGGCAACUCAGCAGAAAUAGCGGCAGAAUUGUUCAAAAAAAUGAUGGAGGGG